CUCAUUCUUUUUGAACUUUUGUGCAAUUGUUUAUAUGAUAGUAAUGUAUUUUUAGAUAGAUAUGUUAAUUUAGCAAAGUUCAAUGUGAAUUACCGAUCGUUAAUUAAUAAUUUAAGUUAAUUUUAUCACCCGAGUAGCUGUGUUUUUUCUCGAUUCGCGAUUAAAAAUGCUUAGAAACACGAUAAUCCGAAGUAGCCGUGGUAUUUUCGAGUACACUCGAUCAAACAUUUCCGAGUGUUAUUUUUAGUGAACUGUGUGUAACAGUUGAGAUCCGUGGGAAAAAUUUUUUCCAUAGUUGAAUCGAAUCGAAGAAGAAUUUUCCAAAUAAUUCGAAUACUGAGAUUUAUUAUUUUUCGCUACUUUGGCAUCGAUUUAUCGUUCAUCGUCGUUACAUUGUUUCACGCUAAAAUGUUCGGAUCCAGUCAAUUGUUUUCUCUAAAAUGGAACAAUUAUUUGAGCCAUAUUAUGGACGCUUUCGAUUCAUUGCGAAGCGAAGAGAAUCUGGUCGAUGUGACUUUAAGCUGCGAAGGAUACAAGAUCAAAGCUCACAAAAUGCUCUUAUCUGCCUGCAGCUCGUACUUCAAGGAGCUCUUCAAAGAUAAUCCAUGUCAACAUCCCAUUGUUGUGUUUCGAAACGUACGUUAUUACGAUUUACGUGCUUUGAUCGAUUUCAUUUAUCAAGGAGAAGUUAACGUUAUGCAAGAUCAAUUGCCGUCAUUUUUAGCUACUGCUAAACUGCUCGAAGUCAAAGGCUUGACUGAUAAUAGUUUCGGUUCUGAGCCACCUGACGGACCUAAUAAUAAUGAUUCCGAAGCGUACGAAGAAGAAAACGUUUCCCAAAAUAUCGAAGAUGAGGAAAUCGAAGAAGACGAAACGUUAUCCGACGUCUCGCAAUAUGCUCCUCAAAUCACAACAAACGAAUCGCCUUCGUGUCCUUUGAGUAUUAUUCCAAUUACGAAGAACCCUGGUCCACCACCACCGCCAACGGAUCACAAUCCUCAUAAACGAAAAAAGAGAUCCGAAGAUGAAGAAAUUGUGCCCAGACAACGUCUCUUACCCAACUUGAAACCUAUGCCGAAACUCGAGAGUCAAGAAAUGCCUCCUCAGUUGUCAUUUGCCUCUAAACAAUCCAUCGAGAUAUUUCCAAUCACCUCGAUAAAAACUGAGAAAAAUCACGACGAUUCGUACGAUACACAGAGUAAAGAUUCACGUAUGGAUUCGAAGGAAUACUCAUCCAUGAAUUCUCCGGAUCAUAAUUUGAACGAAAUGGAAAUGUAUGGAACUAUCGAGGAGCCAUAUCAGAAACCUAACAUGGAAUUAAAUCAUCUUUUAACGAAAUCUUCCAGAGCUGGAGGUUCAGGAGGUGAUAUGUCUCAGGAUUCUUUACAAGGUCACUGGUUGAGUUCGCUGAAUAACGCAGGAGAUGGAACUGAACCAGCGAUAACCGAAGCGAAUAGAAAACAAACCCCGUCGAAUGCCGACUUCUCUCAGCAGAGACAUCGCUACAUAUGCAGCAUAUGCGGCGCUACUUACAAACACUUACGUAAUCUGAGAGCUCACUGCCACCUACAUUACGGUAAAACAAGGUGCAAUCUAUGCAACAAGGUGCUAUGUAAUAUAUCCUACUUCAAGAAACACUUACAACAACAACACGGUCUAUUAACGACUAAGAAAAAUGAUGGUAAAACUGUACAAUCGCCAUCGCCUUCUACGACACUAAAUUCGUAAACAGGGGCCUCCACUUUUAAAAAAUUAACAACACGUUUCAGAUCUCUAUUUUAAAAAAAAAAUACUGCCUAGAAAAAUUAAUACUCACUGGAAAUAUUACAUCUUUUUUUGCUUGUUAUAUUUAUACUUCUUUUACUUAUUUUUAUUUAGAAAAUAAUUCCCCGUUGAAUGAUAUUUUUUUCUACUGCGUAAAUACCUCAAGUUAAAGAUGUAUUUUUUUGUUUUCAUUUUCAUCUUUAACAAUCUGCCAUUUUUUUUUUCAUUUUUUGUCUCUCUAUUUAGCAACGCGUUCAAUUAGUAAGUUGGUAGUAGGAGACCGACGAAUAAGAUUUAAUCAUAUCGAAUAAAACUUAUCUUAAGACUAUCAACUGCCGAAUUAUUGAAAAUGACAUUUUUUUUCUCAAUGUAUAUUUUUUUUUACUUAUUUUAAUGGUUAAAAGCGUACGUGUAUUAUUAUCUCACCAGUGCAAUGUAUAUUUUUACUUUGUUAUACGUUGUUGUUUUUUCUCAUUUUUUUUUUCUUAAUUACUUAUCAAGAUACUAUAAUUUUUAAGUACUGAUUAUUUAAUUUACAGUACAAUUUGCAACUAGUUAAAAACGAAUGAUAAAAUGGUGUUACCUAAGUAGACGUUCUGCUCUGUCGUUAUUGUGUAAAUCUUGUUAUUUUUCUGUUAUAUCGAUAUACUAACGUCGUUUUUUUUUACUUUACUUUUUUUCGUUUUUCUUAUUCUUUCUUUUAUUUAACACCGCUCUAGCACAUUUUCUAAGGUAAUAUAUUAAUUAUUUAGGGAUAUUCCAAUUAUACGUAAUCGAAUGUAAACAUGACAUCGAAAUUGUUAAAAAUUUGUAUUCUUACUUAGCACUUCAAGUGUUCGUUUAAUUUAUUAUUUUCUUCUUUUUUUUCUCUCUGCUAUGGGGAAUAUUAUGUUUUAAGCAUUUAGGUUAAUUUUGGAAGGAUCAUUUUCCUGUAUUGAUUUUUAUUACGUUUAUUACUCUCUGUUGUGUUUCUAUUUUUAUAUAUUUUUUAAUACAUUUUGUAUUUACGUAUGAAAAAUUAAAAUUGUGCAUUCAGA